AUAAGGAGUCUCCCACAUUUGGGAAACUCACUCUCCUGGAAACCCAGCCAGAACCUCCACCCUCUGACACCAUGGUCAGCUCCUGUUGUGGCUCUGUCUGCUCUGACCAGGGCUGUGGCCUGGAGACCUGUUGCCGCCCCAGCUGCUGCCAGACCACCUGCUGCCGCCCCAGCUGUGGAGUGUCCAGCUGCCUGCGCCCAGUCUGCUGCCAGACCACCUGCCGCCCCAGCUGUGGAGUGUCCAGCUGCCUGCGCCCAGUCUGCUGCCAGACCACCUGCCGCCCCAGCUGUGGAGUGUCCAGCUGCCUGCGCCCAGUCUGCUGCCAGACCACCUGCCGCCCCAGCUGUGGAGUGUCCAGCUGCCUGCGCCCAGUCUGCUGCCAGACCACCUGCCGCCCCAGCUGUGGAGUGUCCAGCUGCCUGCGCCCAGUCUGCUGCCAGACCACCUGCCGCCCCAGCUGUGGAGUGUCCAGCUGCCUGCGCCCAGUCUGCUGCCAGACCACCUGCCGCCCCAGCUGUGGUGUGUCCAGCUGCUACCACCCAGUCCGCUGCCAGACCAUCUGCUGCCGCACAACUUGCUGUCGCUCCCGCUGCGGUGCAUCCUCUUGUUGAAUUCAUAUCUGACUAGCAACCAUGAGCAAGCCGCCAUCACCUCAGCAUGAAAGUGUCGUUCAUGUUAACUUUUCCAUGUUUUAAAUGACCACCAACCUUGUCAUCCUGUGAUACCACUAAGCCACUGAAGAAAGGGCGCCCGUCUACACUCAGUACCACUCCUGUCUCCCUCAGUCUCUUCCCUGCGCUCAGCCCUCAGCUGCAUGAUGCAGUUGGACUGAACCCCUGAGCCUCUGCAGCUAUGCUUGCCUUGACCUUCACAAUUACAUGUUAACUAUUUCUCAAUAAUAAUAUUAUAUUGAUACCAUA